AUAGAAAAUGAUUUGGGGAAACAUCUUUGGGCAUGGUGGUACAUUUCCAAAUCGACGUAUCUGCUUCUGAUUUGUCGAUUGUUCGCUGCCUUGCUUUUCUGCAACGGAUGCUACAAAUUAGGGCUGAUCGAGUUUCGGAGCUUUACAUUCUUCAAAAUUGGUGAGAGAGACGAACAUUCUCUAGAAAUGAGUACUAGUUUCCUCUGUAAAAGAGUAGUGUCGCUCACAAAUGUGGGGCAAAUGUUUGAAAUUUCAAAGACCCAAAUGCAUUUUCUUCAAAAUACCCAACUUUUGAUUUUUAGAUCUUUCUCUUCGUCCAAGCAACAUUCUUUCACAGUGUCUUACCUCAUAAACUCAUGUGGGUUGUCCCCAGAGAGUGCUUUAUCUGCAUCACGGAAGGUACAGUUUGAAACCCCAGACGGAGCAGACUCCGUGCUUGCACUCCUUAGAAAUUAUGGAUGCACCAAUACCCAUAUCUCCAAAAUUGUAAGCAAGUAUCCGCUCCUGCUCAUUGCCAAUUCUGAGAAAACCCUUUUGCCCAAACUGGAGUUUUUCCGUUCUGCAGGCUUCUCAGGGCCUGACCUUGUCCGUAUUGUCGUUGGAAGCCCAAGUAUCCUGAAAAGGAGCUUGGAAAACCAUCUUAUUCCUAGUUAUAAUUUCCUCAAGAGUAUGGAUAUGGUCCAUGAAAAUAUUGUGAAGGCUUUCAGUAGGUCAUACUGGCUUACCGGUAAAAGUGUGCAAGAUACCAUCGCUUCAAACGUUGAAAUUCUGAAAGAAAUAGGAGUUCCCAUGUCAAAUAUUUCGUCUUUGGUGGCAAUGCACCCUUGUGCAGUGUUCCAAAACAGGGAAAAGUUUAGUAGAAGUGUCGAGAAGGUUUUUGAGAUGGGAAUCAAUCCUUUGAGAGUUACGUUUCUGAAAGCAGUUCAAGUGAUCUGUGGAGUGGCUGAAUCAAUGUGGGAGCAUAAAUUGCAGGUUUACAGGCAGUGGGGUUUUACAGAUGAUGAGAUUAUGCUGAUGUUCCGAUUGGAUCCCUUAUGUAUAAAGUCAUCGGAGAAGAAAAUAACGAGUGUGAUGGAUUUUUUGGUUAAUAAGAUGGGUUGGGAACCUGCAACUAUUGCUAGAUAUCCAACAGUCUUUUUGCGAAGUUUGGAGAAGAAUAUCAUUCCACGGUGUUCAGUAGUGAAAGUUCUUCAAAUGAAGGGGUUGGUGAAGAAGGAUCUGUGUUUGGGUGUUUUAGGCUGCAGUGAAGAGAAUUUCUUUGAUAAGUUUGUGGUGAAAUAUGAGCAAGAUGUUCCCGAGCUUUUAAAUGUAUAUCAAGGAAAAAUUGGUAUUUUGGAACUUGGCUUUGUCUCCGAGGGGGUAAGGGAGAAGAAACAGUUGUAGCAUCUCAACUUCACAAUUCCAAGGCCUCCGUUCAUCCAAUGUCCCCUGUUCAGUUCCUUCAGACAUGGAAACUGCUGCAAGACCUUGGAUCUUCCCUGACAGUUCUUCCAAGGCAGAAUGCUUGGUAUGCAACAUGUUGAGCCUUCUACUGAGGGACCCCUGGAAAGGAAAGUCCCCAUUGCCACAGAGUAAUGCUUUGAUUGCAAUCUUUGCAAGAAGAGAGAUGAGUCCGGGUUCUGUUUGCUUGGAGAGAAAGUGAGUUGGAGAAACAUCUUUGGGCAUGCCGUGGUACAUUUCCAUAUCUACCUAUCUUCUUCUGAUUUAUCGAUUGUUUUCUGCGCCAAUGCUUUUCUGCAACUGAUGCUACAAAUUGGGGCUGAUCGAGUUUCGGAGCUCUACGAUCUUCAGAAUUGGUGAGAGACGCGAACACCAUCUAGGAAUGACUACUACUUUCCUCUGUAAAAGAGUAGUGUCACUCAAAAAUGUGGGGCAAAUGUUUGAAAUUUCAAGGGCCCAAGUGCAUUUUCUUCAAAAUACUAAACCUUUUAGGUUUAGAUCUUUCUCUUCGCCCAAACAAGACUCUUUUACAGUGUCGUACCUCAUGAACUCAUGUGGGUUGUCCCCAGAAAGUGCUCUAUCUGCGUCACGGAAGGUACAGUUUGAAACUCCAGAAAGAGCAGACUCCGUCCUCGCACUCCUUAGGAAUUAUGGAUGCACCAAUACCCAUAUCUCCAAAAUUGUAAGCAGGUAUCCGCUCCUGCUCACUGCCAAUCCUGAGAAGACCCUUUUGCCCAAACUGGAGUUUUUCCGUUCCGUAGGCUUUUCAGGGCCUGACCUUGCCAGUAUUGUCGUUGCUAGCCCACAGAUCUUGAGAAGGAGCUUGGAAAAUCAUGUUAUUCCUAGUUAUAAUUUCCUCAAGAGCGUAGUUAUGGUCAAUGAAAAUAUUGUGAGGGCUCUCAAUAAGUCAUACUGGCUUAAUGGUCAAAGCUUGCCAAACAUCAUCGUUCCAAAUAUUGAAAUUCUGAAAGACAUUGGAGUUCCCAUGUCAAAUAUUUCGUUUUUGGUGACAUGUCACCCUAGUGCAGUGUCCCAAAACAAUGUGAAGUUUGCUAGAAGUGUCAAGAUGGUUAUUGAAAUGGGAUUUGAUCCUUUGAGAGUUAAGUUUCUGAAAGCAGUUCAAGUGAUCGUUGAAAUGGCUGAAUCAAUGUGGGAGCAUAAAAUGGAGGUUUAUAGGCGGUGGGGUUUGACAGAUGAUCAGAUUAUGUUGAUGUUCAGAUUGGAUCCCUUAUGUAUGAAGUCAUCGGAGAAGAAAAUAAUGAGUGUGAUGGAUUUUUUAGUUAAUAAGAUGGGUUGGGAACCUGCGGCUAUUGCUAGAUAUCCAACAGUCUUUUUGCGCAGUCUUGAGAAGAAGAUCAUUCCAUGGUGUUCAGUGGUGAAAGUUCUUCAAAUGAAGGGGUUGGUGAAUAAGGAUCUGUGUGUGAGUUUUUUAGGCUCUGGUGAGAAGAAUUUCUUCAAUAGGUUUGUGGUGAGAUAUGAGCAAGAUGUUCCUGAGCUUUUAAAUGUAUAUCAAGGAAAAAUUGGUAUUUUGGAACUUGGCCUCAUACUUGAGAGGAUAUGGGAGAAGAAACAAUUGUAGCACCUCAACUUUACAAUUCGAAGUUGUUUAUAGUUAGAGGUAUUUUAUGGGAUGAAUACCUCAGGUAAUUGGGAGGUGGAGGUGGUUGAAAGAUGAGGUUCUGUUUAGAAAGCAUCCUUCACAUGUGAAUUAUUAAAUAAGAACAUUGUCACUGGGAUGAAAAAAAAAAAAAAAAUGGUUGGAGCAUAUUCAAGUGAUUGUUGAGUCGAUGUUUGUCACGGGAUAAUAGGUUUCUGGAUGGAAACAAAACAAGUGAUUCAAGGUCCUCUAUGUAUAAUCAGAGGAUUCUAUGGGGAUAUCAUCCCUUCAUCGUGUAUCUUCUACUGAUUUGGAGCCUGUGUUCAUCAAAUGCCCCUUGUUCAGUUCCUUCUCACAUGGAAACUGCUGCAACACCUUGGAUCUUCCCUGAUGGUUCUUCCCUUCUACAGUGUGACCCCGGGAACAAGGAAAGUUCUCAUUGCCACAGAAUAAUGCUUUAGUAUGGAUCGACGUUUCUGUUUGAUGAGAAAUAUGAGGCACCUAACACCCAUAGGCAGGUGUUCAUUCUUUUCUAAUCGGAGAUAGUCUGCAAAUGCAUUUCUACAGAGGCAGGCAAAGCCCUUUGAACCCCAAGUUCUUACUUUGCCUGGAGGCCUUAAAAUAAGAGUGGUGUUGGGGUCUCUUGCUUAAAGUGGUUCUUCCUCAAGCAUUAUUAUAAUACCAUAACUGUUGGGUCCUGGAACUCUUUUGCUUUGCUUGUUUGUUUCAGUUCUUCUGUUCUUUUGAUGCCUGGUUCCUUUGGAAUCAAAUGUAGUCAUUCCUUUCCUUGGAUUCAAUAGUUCACUUGAAAUUUUAGAAUCAAAGGAUGCAUGCUUCCACACAUUUUUGUAGGAAAAUCAUUCCCCUAAA